CGCGAGUGCAUGCUUAGGCCCGGCCAGGCGGCUGCACCACACCCAUCAAGCAACCGGUUCCCUCCAGGCCGGCGACCCAGUGCCAAGUGCUAGUACUCCACCCUUAAAAUUUAUUAAUCCUACAACUGAAGCAACAUCGAUGCUUUUUGUUAAAAAACUGACGGGCAUUAUAAUGAGCACUAUAGCAUACAAUCGCAACCUGUUUGAAGAAAAUGACUUUUGUGCUAGAUCGUUUGAAGGCAUUACGGUCAAAAUCGUCGAGGGACAGUCAAGUCCAGGUGCUAUUGCUUUAGCUAAAUGGCUAUCAGGGGCUUUCCAUGCUUUCGAUCAAAAAUAUCUAGAAUCUAUAACCUUAGAAAUUAAAGAUGGCAUGGAGCAGAUAAUCGAAUCAUAUACUCUUGGGUAUUCAUAUUUAAACAAUGAAGUUCAGUGCCACCUUGCUGGAGCAGUGGAUGCUGGCGGAAUAUUAGAGGACAACAAUUUGAACGAGUCAAUUCGAAAUGUCAUUAGAAAUGUUCUGACACUAACACAAACAAAUGCUCCUCUUCCAGAGGAUGCCUCUACCACAGUUAAAAUUUCUUACAGGCAAGAUACCCCUGUAGAUUAUGAACCUCCUGGAUUUCAGCCAUACACGAUACGUAGUCCUGUGGAAGGCAAUAGGGUAUAUAAAUUUAACUGUGGUGCAGUAACUACUCAUUUCCACAGACUUGACUUAAAAGGAAAGUUUUAUGAAAGACCAGAGGAAAUAAUUUCAUGUUUGUGUGGGAAAGACGAUCAUAAUGCCACCCUGCUCAAAUGUAAGCUGUGUGGCUCUCUUCAGCAUUCUGCUUGUUUAAAAAUUUUCCUGAUAAAAAAGGAUAUGUCUCAGAGUUAUCACACCUGCUUGAAAUGUUCAAGAAGUGGAGUGACCCCUGAGUAUUCACCUGAAGAAUGUCUCUUUCGUAGAGCAAUUGUUCUUUGUGCAAUUUCCAAGUCUUUGUCUGUGAGCAUAUUGAAGAAAAAGCUUAUGCUGGAUGAAAACACAGCCUUUUUUAAUAUGAGACGUCUGAUGCGUGAAGGAGCACUAUGGAAGGGUACACAACCCCUUACACUUGAAAAUCUUGAUUUUCCAUACAAUGUCCACAAAAUGAAAGUAAUGAAUAAAUUGAAACAGGAUUAUUUUGACAAUUGAAGAUGAAUGUGUUACUGUUUUCAUAUCAUAAAUCUGUGUUUGUUUUUGUGUUGUUGUUUUUUUUAAAAUAAAUAACUUUCAUUGCUCA